AUGAAUCAGGGUUUGAAAGAUAUCAGUGGUAAAGUGUGUCAUAUCUGUGAAGAGGGUGGUGAUAAUAGUAAUUUUGUGGUAAGUGAUAAAGCAGCAGGAACAGCUGAAGAUGUAGAUCUUGCAGUUGAUGUUGCAAGCAAGACUUUAUCUAGGAAUAAAAGGAAAGAUUGGCCAAAGGCUACUGGAGCUUUUCGUGCUAAGUGUUUGAGAGCAAUUGCAGCUAAGGUACUUGAAAGAAAAUCUGAGUUGGCUAGGCUAGAAGCCCUUUAUUAUGGCAAACCAUUGGAUGAAGCAGCAUGGGACAUGGAUGAUGUUGCUGGAUGUUUUGAGUAUCAUGCAGAUCUUGCUGAAGGCUUAGAUGCAAAGAUAAAGGUUCAUGUUAACGUCCCAAUGGAGACAUUUAAGAGUCAUGUUCGCAAAGAACCCAUUGGAGUUCUUGGUAUGAUUAAUCCAUGGAAUUACCCUCUUCUGAUGGCUAUCUGGAAGGUGGCUCCAUCCCUGACUGCUGGGUGUGCAGCUAUACUAAAGCCCUCCAAGUUAACAUCCAUAACUUGUUCAGAGUUGGGUGAUAUCUGUAGAGAAGUUGGUCUACCUCCUUGUGUACUAAACAUUGUAACUGGAUUAGGUCCAGAAUCUGGUGCUCUUUUAGCAGCUCAUCCUUAUGUCGACAAGAUUUCAUUUACCGGAAGUACUGCAACAGGAAGCAGAAUGAUGACAGCUGCAUCUCAGCUCGUCAAGCCUGUCACUUUGGAACUCGGUGGUAAAAGUCCUAUAGUUAUAUUUGAGGAUACAAACCUUGACAAAGCUGCCGAGUGGACUAUGUUUGGUUGUUUCUGGACAAAUGGUCAAAUGUGCAGUGCAAUAUCUCGACUUAUUGUACACGAAAAUAUUGCAGAGAAAUUUCUUCAGAGACUCGUUAGCUGGGUUAAAAAAGUCAAGGUCUCAGAUCCUAUGGAAGAAGGUUGCAUGCUUGGCCCUGUUGUUAGUGGAGGACAGGCAUCAGUAGAACUUCAAGGCAUUAAAGGAAUGUGGUCUUUAAGAGUAUCUACUGACGAUCCUUAUAUUACCUUUUUGGUUAGCAUCAACUUGUGUACCUUCUAGAUUACCUGCUAUGCGAUGGCAGAUCUCUUUGGAGGGGGUUUCCGUUAGUGUUUAUGCAGCAACUUGAGCUGGUGGAAGGACAAGAGGGCUUAUACCCCUGAAAUCAUACACAAGCAAGAGGUUCUACCAUUAAAUGGCAGCCAUUAUGUCCCUUAGCAGCUGCAAGUUUUUAGGGGGAAGAGUAAAAGAAAUUGGAUAUUCUUUCAAAUGAUGUAUUUGUUAAGGCUCUCGUAAGCAGUGGAAGAACAUCUAUUAUAGUAAAGGGAAGAGGACGGAGAAGCAACUUUUGUGGAUCCAGCGUUGCGUGGAAGGAUGAUGGUUCCUUGGUGUCGAUAUUUUCACUUACGGGGAGUAAUUCUCAAGAUGGACAUUUAUCUGUUGGCCGAAAUGGUGUCAAACAACUACGAACGGUCAUGCAUCCAAAUAUCUUAUCAUUUCUUCACAUCACAAAGGCCGAGAUUUUUGAUGGUGCUACUCCAAAGCAUACUACCUACAUUGUUACAGAGCCUGCCAUGGCAUUCUCUGAGAUGAUCAAGGAACUAGGCCUUGAAGGUACUCAGAGGUAUACCAGGAUUUUCUUGCUUCUUCUAUAACUCUAGAGUUUUUUUUCCAAUUUUCUGGGUAUUUAAACUAGCUGCUCGGGGAUAGUUCGAGGGGGAUACAUGUUUCAUGUAGUUUAGCAUUUCUCCCAGUCAGCAUAUCUCCUUUCCUCUGUACCGUAGAGUGAUGGUUAUCUUUGUAGUUUAGAAUUUCUCCAACCUGAACUUGAGGAGUUGGAAGGAGCUGAGUUGGAGGAACAACUUCUACAACCUGUAGUCCAAACUCAGGUUCAAAUCAAGGAGAUGCAUGGAAGGCAUUGCUUGAUGCAGCUGGAGUGAUUAAAUAUUAACCAACUGAUGAAAACUUAAGGGAUUGAAUGGUUGGCUCCGUUGGUGUUACUGCAGCAACUUGAGUUGGUGGAAGGACAAGAGGGCUUAUACGGUUAUACCCCUGAAAUCACACUCAAGCAAGAGGUUCUACCAUUAAAUGGCAGCCAUUAUGUCCCUUAGCAGCCGCAAGUUUUGAGUAAGUUUCUAUGUAGUUUCUGCUUAUAGUGAUUUAAGUGAGAAUGAACUGAACUCAGGAACUUAGUAGGUUUCUAUGACUUCCCUCAUAAUUUGAUACUUAACAGAUUUAUUUUGGUACUUGAAAAUAAUUUGUAUUCUUUUUUGAAUUGA